UCAAUCAGUUACGUCACUUGCUCUGAGACUUUAAGUAGGGUUGCCCCUUGCUUUGCAAGGGCCGCGGCUUUUGUGGAGCGAUGGGUAACGACGCUUCGUGGGUGUCAGUUGUUGAUGUGUGCAGAGGGUCCCUGGUUCGUGCCCGUGUCGGGGCGAGGGGACGGUUUAAAGUUAUACUGUUACAUUGAUGCUGUUGACCCGGAUCACUGGUUGCUGCGGAAAAGGAGGAGGUUGAAAGGGGGGUGAGUGUAACGGAUGUGAAAUGGCUAGCUAGUUAGCGGGUACGCGCUAGUAGCAUUUCAAUCAGUUACGUCACUUGCUCUAAAACUUUAAGUAGGGUUGCGGCUUUUGUGGAGCAAUGGGUAACGACGCUUCGUGGGUGUCAGUUGUUGAUGUGUGCAGAGGGUCCCUGGUUCGCGCCCCGGUCGGGGCGAGGGGACGGUGUAAAGUUAUACUGUUACCCUACUGUAUUUGUUUAUUUAUUUAUUUUUCAAGCAAAUUACAAGGGAGUUGUACUCCAGUCUAGUAGGUGGCGGUAACGCAACAUAUUGGAUGCCAACUGCCGUUAAACCUCAGAAGAAGAACAACAACAACAACAACAACAACAACAGGGUUAGAGAGCCCUGGGAUAGAGUAAUGUCUUAAGUAGGAGAUCGGAAAUCGUGGCGAGUAGUGCGGACAAAAAUUAGAAAAAAGUUGGGGAAGCAACAGCUGUGUUGGAAUGCUAACAAGAUGGGUGUCAGAUCUGAUGACAUGGAGUGGGAGGAUGAGGGUCAAGGACCGGAAUGAAUGUAGAAGCAAUGUAAAGGUUAAGUGCUGUAAUUGGUGGUGUUAGGGAUUUAUUUGGUUUAGAAUUUUAUUUUCAUGGUAGUACAAAGUUGGGCAGAUCAUGAUUGAUCGACAUUCCAGCACAGUAGGUGGCGGCAUGCACUUUAAACGUUUGUUUGUGGACCGCCAUGACAUUAUAGAAGAAGAAGGCGAUGAUGAUGAUGAAGAAGAGGAGACCAUGUUGAAUUAGCGUUUUAUUUGGAGUGAAUUUAAUCUAACAGUAACAUAAGUAAUUGAUCUGCCGCAAACAUUUAUGAUAUAUAACAUCAAAGUGAGAGAAAGGUGGCACUGGUUUGAGUUGCUGCAUACGAAAUGAGCUGAAUACACUCACACACACACACACACAGCUGCACACUUUGACAGAAGAGCUGAGAGAGGGAGGAGACUUACCUGGAGCAGAGGGGACAGACGGAAAGGAGCCCAAGGGGAACUUAAAGCUGAGUUGCUUUUGGACUACAGUUACCCUUGUUUGAUUUUCAACAUCAGGAAACUACUUUAACACGUGGAUGAACAUAUACAGAAAGAGUGGCAAACAAAUGUUGAACAAUAAGGACCAUAUUAUUUUGAUGAAAUAUUUGUACAAAGGACAUCGAUGUUGAGCAAUUCAAAUGGACUUGACGGAAAACAAGGAAAUAAAAAUAUGUAAAUGUAACGUUUGAACAAAGAUUAUAUUACAGAUGCUAUUCCCCCGCUUCAAAUUGUCUUAGCAGUUCUAUUGCAGGAAUUAAACUCCUUGUUCACAUAUGUUCUAUAUUGUGUGCAGGUGCAGUAUAUUUAUGCAUUUGAAUGCAUAUAUCUCUUCAUUUGGGAGAGCUCUUGUAUAAAUACUAUUUUUUUUCAUACGGCAGUAAACUCUGUUGAAGGGGACUGAACUGCACGUACAUGUAUAUGUAAAAACUAUAAAUAGACUUCUGUUGUAAAAGCUUUGGACAAAAAAACAAGAUAAUAUUUGUUAAUGCUUUAUUAGACUCAUCUACUUUUGAAGAGGCUUUUGUAAGGGGGCAAAAAAAAAACAGGGGUAGAAAAUAUUAAUAUUUUGAGAGAAAAAACAGGAAAGCGGAAAUGGCAGCUGCCAGAACAGAGAACCUUGGUCCUGUCGUCAUGGGACUGAACAAGCAGAACGGGCAGCUUAGGGGGCCGCCUAAACCGGCUUCUCCCCAAUCAGGACCCCUCGUCCUGGGCUCUCUGUCAGACGAGGCCACAGGUGCAUCCCAGAAAGCGGGUGCUGCCCAGGAGGGAACUGGGAUUAGGUUUGGAGAUGACUGGAAAAAGAGACUACAGCUCCCUCCCAAAGACACCAGGGUCAGAACCUCUGAUGUAACGUCCACUAAGGGAAAUGAGUUUGAGGACUACUGUCUGAAACGGGAGCUCCUGAUGGGCAUCUUUGAGAUGGGCUGGGAGAAGCCCUCCCCUAUCCAGGAGGAGAGCAUUCCCAUAGCCCUGUCAGGACGAGACAUCCUGGCCCGAGCCAAGAAUGGAACAGGGAAGAGUGGGGCCUACCUCAUCCCCAUGCUGGAGAGAAUAGACCUGAAGAAGGACUAUAUACAGGCCAUUGUGAUGGUGCCCACUCGUGAGCUGGCCCUGCAGGUGAGCCAGAUCAGUAUCCAGAUCAGUAAGCACCUGGGCGGCGUGAAGGUCAUGGCCACCACGGGCGGCACCAACCUGCGAGAUGACAUCAUGCGCCUGGACGAGACUGUGCAUGUGGUCAUAGCCACACCCGGCCGGAUCCUAGACUUGAUAAAGAAGGGCGUGGCCAAAGUGGAUAGAGUCCAAAUGAUGGUGAUGGAUGAGGCGGACAAGCUGCUGUCUCAGGACUUUGUAGUGCUCAUCGAGGAUAUCAUCAGCUUCCUGGCCAAGGGCCGUCAGAUCCUACUCUACUCUGCCACCUUCCCCAUCAGCGUGCAGAAGUUCAUGGCCAAGCACCUGCAGAAGCCCUAUGAGAUCAACCUGAUGGAGGAGCUGACUCUGAAGGGCAUCACCCAGUACUACGCCUACGUCACUGAGAGACAAAAAGUCCACUGUCUCAACACGCUCUUCUCGCGGCUGCAGAUCAAUCAGUCCAUUAUCUUCUGUAACUCCACCCAGAGAGUUGAGUUGCUGGCUAAGAAGAUCACCCAGCUGGGCUACUCCUGCUUCUACAUCCACGCCAAGAUGAUGCAGGAGUACAGAAACCGUGUGUUCCACGACUUCAGAAAUGGACUCUGCAGAAAUCUUGUCUGCACCGAUCUGUUCACCAGAGGUAUUGACAUCCAAGCCGUCAAUGUCGUCAUCAACUUCGACUUCCCCAAGAACGCCGAGACAUACCUGCAUCGCAUUGGAAGAUCAGGGAGGUUUGGUCACCUGGGCCUGGCCAUCAACCUGAUCACCUCUGAGGACCGCUUCAACCUGAAGUCCAUCGAGGACCAGCUGGUCACCGACAUCAAGCCCAUCCCCGGCAGCAUCGACAAGAACCUGUACGUGGCCGAGUUCCACACCGCCAGCCUAGACUGCGAGGUGAAGGAGGAGCUGAAGGAGACAGGCUGCCAACAGGAGGAGCCCUAAGAACCCCUCGACUGGACAAUAGGACAUACCCGGCUUUUGCACAACAUUCAGCUCUUGCACACAGGCUUCAGGCACCUCUUCAACUUCUCUUUUCUCAACCUUCAAAACCUGGCACAUGGAUGUUAAGGUCGAGUUUACUUUUUGCUGAUUUGUAUGUUCUGUUCUUAUUCCCCCCCUUGUUAUUUCAUUAAGAGCUGCCUGCAUUUUUUGAUUUGAAUUGGUUUAACCAUGUUGUUUUGCACCAAAGGUAGCUUGCCCAAUGCACACUGAAUGAGAUCAAUCAGUCCUUUUUUGGCUUAAGACAUGUAGGCUAAUGUUUUCUGGAUUGUAUCCUGGUAUUGCAAGGUAACAUAUCAGCUGAAAAACUUCAGAGAUAGGUGAGGAACAUUGUCUUAAAAAAAGUAAGAACCAUGCAAAAUAUUGAUCAAGUUGUACUGUUUCCAGCUGAAUAUGUCGUCCACUUUUAUGGCCAGCUUUGGAGGAGGACAGGUUUGUGUCAUCAAUGACAUGAGGCCUUAGCAACGACCACUAAGGGUAAAGAAAGCUUCAGAAUGUUGGAAAGCUCAUUCACUUACAUGCAUUUUUGAUUGGAAUUAAGAUACUAUAUUUGUAGGUUUUAAACUUAUUAGUAAAUUCACAAAUGGUUGGAUAAUAAAUCCUUUGCUACAGCACUAAUAAUAUCCAACUUCGACUUGAGUAAUUUAUCUUCUGUACUACAUACACUGAGCGUACAAAACAUUAGGAACACCUUCCUAAUAUUGCGUUGCACCCCAUUUUGCCCUCAGAACAGCCUCAAUUCGUCGGGUUUCGAAAGCGUUCCACAGGUAUUCUGGCCCAUGUUGACUCCAAUGCUUCCCACAGUUGUGUCAAGUUGGCUGGUAGGUCCUUUGGAUGCUGGACCAUCCUUGAUACACACAGGAAACUGUUGAGACAAACCCAGCAGCGUUGCAGUUCUUCACACACUCAAAACGGUGCGCCUGGCACCUACUACCAUAACCCGUUCAAAGGCACGUAAAUCCUUUGUCUUGCCCAUUCGCCCUCUGAAUGGCACACAUACACAAUUCAUGUAUCAAUUGUCUCAAGGCUUAAAAAUCCUCCUUUAACCCGUCUCCUCCCCUUCAUCUACACUGAUUGAAGGUGACAUCCAAUAAGGGAUCAUACAGUAGCUCUCACCUGGAUUUACCUGAUCAGUCUGUCAUGGAAAGAGCAGAUGUUCCAAAUGUUUUGUACACUCAGUGUAUAUAGUUAGCUGGGUUAUCAAAAAUAAUGCCUGAUUUGGAAAAUAGCUACAUAGAUUGAUGGCUUUAGUUUGCUUGAAAGUGGUCAUGUUCACUUUCAGAGGUGCAGUCGGUCCCGACCGUAAAAUAAAUGUUAACGGCCGGUUAUUCAAACCGGAUUUGUUAUCGAUGACAACUAGCUGUCUCAGGUCUUUGAAUUGCAUACAAAGUAAUGUUAUUUUUCCCCCAACAAUAUUUCUGCUGAUUUAAAAGUAACACUGUUUGUGCCUUGCCUCAGGCUAUUGUAGCUAGAGUUACCUAGGUAUACAUGACAUGCGUGUCACUAGACAAAAUACAUUUUUUGUUUAUCUCAAAUUACGGAGAUGCAAACGCCUGUGGUAGUGUUCCCACUCACACUAGAUAGAAAACCACCAAACGUAUGUUUUUACAGUGGUACAUGACACCUUCAUUCAUGAGUUGUAUUGAAUUACUAGUAUUUCACUGCCUUGAUGUGGCUUGAAAUUAGUGGUCAAAGUUUAUUUUUAAUUCAACAUAGAGGCUCACACAUCAGACAUCAACUCAGUUAUAGAUAGAAUUAAUUAUUAUAUGAAAAUAAAACACUUUUAGCCAUUUAACACAAACGAAUGCAUUUCAACAAGAGAUUUCUUUUUCUUUACCCUUUGUGGGCGGGACCAAAGCGGUUGCCAGGGACGCAAGGCUCAAACGCGUUCACACAUUUAAACCGGUCUUCCUCCAUCGUAGAGACAAAAUUAACUCUUUUAUAUUGGCUCAUUCACACUAGCCACCUUGCCCCGCUUACAUUCACAUGCCUUUUGUCACUCAAGUGCCUUAAUUCCUCUCCCACGUGCGCUCUUAUCAGUUCAUCCAUCUCUCUCUCUCCACACAACAGACAGAAUACAGACACAAUUAAGCUGAAUUGUAACAUUGGUUGAUUCAGAUAUAUGCAAGUAGAACGUUCGUUGUGCACACUCUCCUAGGGAAUCUUGUUCGUGUUCUAGAUGCUCAAUAACCAAGGCUCAAACUCUGACUGACAUCAUCUGGAAUGCCAAAGUACUUUUAAUGUAAACUUCGCAAUAAAAAAAGGGCAGCUUUUACUUAGACGCAACGUGACUGUUUUCCUGUCACUAUGAAUAAUCAAUCAUGUGAAUAAGAUAUAUAUAUAUGAUAUAAGACUACUGAAAGAAGAUAAGACUGGGUCCAUUGUAAAAAACUGUGGAUGGUAGCCUCCAAUCAAGCUAAUAUAGCACCGGACAAAAAUUCCCUGAUAUAUAUAUAGAUAUAGAUAUAGAUAUAUAUAUAAACGAUCUCAGACCAGCACAGGAGCAGUUGAUGAAAACACAAGUCACAGUAGCAUCCAAUUACUGAGCUUGUGCCACAUUUUACUAGUAAAACAAUUUUCUGAGCUUUCAUACUUAUGUUGCGGUGGUGAUGUGAUUAUGGGUCAAAAUAUCACCCUAUUCCCUGCAGAGUGCACUACUUUUGACCAGGACCCAUAAAGUAGUGCACUAAUUUUGACCAGGACCCAUAAAGUAGUGCACUAUAUAGGAAAUAGGCCCAUAUGUCUGCAGCUAUGGAAAGAACAGGUAGAAUUUACAAUCUAUUCAGUCAUAUGCAUCCAAUUUCUGAAAGACGCACAAGGUAUUGUUGGAGAUAAUGAUCAGCGCGGGAUCUUUUUUUUUUAACCACUGUCUCUUUCACAUAUGAGCCCCUGCAUGGACACCUCAAUAAACAACAAUUACACUAUAAAUAUCUACAUACACAUCUAUUACACAAUACAUGAAAAGCAGACACAAAAUGUGAAACGCAAAACACGAGGAAACAAACGCAUUAUUCAGUCAAAAGGCCCUCUAAACAUGGGCCUGAAUUGCCCUAGAGGCAAUCUUGACGUUUUCUUUGUACAAAACAACAUGGUUCAACAUCUUUUUAAGACCUGCUUUUUCUUCCUCAAUUGUGAGGGUCCCUCAAAGUAAUAUAAUAUGUUUUUUAGAGUUAGACGUUUCAUGUUGGUACAGUUUUGUGGGUAUGUCCUUCGGUUUAGGGUCUAAUUUGAAUCAAUCUAAUUGACUCAAAUGUAAAAAAUGUAAUCUCCAAAGUGUUGUGAAUGUAUUAAUUGCCAAUAUGUACUGUGCAGCCCAAUGGUACACGCAGCCAAUUGGCACAAAAUAUAGUAUAUUUAGACUAAAAACUAGGUAACAAGAAACCAAGCUUUUAUUUUAAAAGCCUCAGAGCUCUUGGGUGAUGUUCCUCAGCCUGGCUCCAAGGGAUAAGGGAGUGUAUUUUGAUAUGAUACAUACAGAGCUGAGAACUUGGCAGAACUCUCAUUUGUUAUCUCUGCUAUUCAUUAGGUUGGGAAAACCCUUAGUUUUUUUUUCGGGGGGGUUCGUACAGCUUUGUUAUGAUUGUGAAAAGCUGAGGGACUAUUCUUGUGUGUGGGGUGGGUUUGCUCACAUCAGAAUUAUAUUUGAAAGCGAAUUGUAGCAUCUUCAAACUGGCAGCUGUGAUCAUUUUUUUAGUCCUGCUACAAAUGUUUAGCUGAUGAUGAAAGCAGAGAAGAAUAUUUGAUUUUUUUUUCUUUGAAAUUAUUUUUGACAAUGCUUGCUAAGCAGGGAGGGGGGCAGAGCAGGGUUUGGGGCACUGGGUUUGUGUGGGUUUGCGAGUCAUCUUGAAUCUUUUCUUCUCUCUAGUACUUAAGAACUCCAGCACAACAGUGGACCAACCAAUAUGGUUUGCAACAGAUCUGAAACUCAACACAUUUGUAAUUUUACUCCCAAAGUACAAAAAAAGUAUUCUAUUUUGACCAUUAGUUUGCUUAUUUUAAGUACUGGAGAGAAUGCUAUCCGAGCACAUUCAUACUGGUUAUCUAGGUCAAUCUUUUUACGAGGUGGUUGGAAUCAUUUUGAGGAAAUUGGUUUGUAAAUGAUUUGUUGUUUACACAAUUUGUUUACAAUAACAAAAGAAAAUAUGAAUUUGCUUCAUGGUGGAGGUAGUUUUGAAUAUUAGAUUUUUUUUAUUUUGUUUGAUUUUAAAUACUGACUUUCAGGAUUUAUAUUGAACCGAAACCAAAAAAGUGUAAUGUCACGCCAUGGCAUUUUGAGUGCUUUGCGUGAGUGACUGUCAGUAAGUGUGUGUGUGUGUGUGUGUGUGUGUGUGUGUGUGUGUGUGUGUGUGUGUCAUAGAGAGAAACUUGGUGUGUGAGAAACAAGGUUGGUUGGUGUGUUUUGAGAGUAAGUUAGUGUCCCGUCUCAUUUGUUUGUUGGUAUGAAUGUGAUUGCCUGUGUGUCUGUAUAUGAAUGGCUGUUCUGUAGGAUUGUUUGGUUGGGUGUUCAAUUGGCUGAAAUGUGGAUUUCUGUACGCAAUUGUGAAUGUUUCUGUGUGCUUGUUUGUAUGUGAGUGACAUACAAUGUCUUAAUACCCGUAUGGCUGUUGUCCCUAGCCUGUUUUCUGGUCUACUUUGUGACCCAUACUGUGCAAAGACAGAAUAGGUCAACACUACCCAUAUAGUGUAAAGCCCAAACUAGCCCAAGGCAGAGUUUUUCAAAUUCCUUUCACAUACUGUUCUUUCCGAUCAGUGGUCACAAAGGGGACUAGAAAACAGGCACUGUUAAGAGUGUAGAGAUAGACUGAAUAUUCAAUGUCAGUUGGUAAAUGUCUGUAUACUUAGUUUAUUAGGUACACCCAUCUAGUACCUGGUCAGAUCCCCCCUUUGCCUCCAUAACAUCCUGAAUUAUCUGGGGCAUGGAAACAUUGCUCAAUUCCUAUCAAGGGACUUAAUGUGUGCCAGGACAACAUUCCCCAAACCAUUACACCACCACCAUCAGCCUGUGCCAUUGACACCAGGCAGGAUGUGGCCAUGGACUUGCUUACGCCAAAUCCUGACUCUGCCAUCAGCAUGACACAACAGGAACCGGGAUUCGUCGGACCAGGCGUUUUUUUUCCGCUCCUCAAUUGUCCGGUAUUGGUGAUCGCGUGCUCACUGGAGCCGCUUCUUGUUUUUAGCUGAUAGGGGUGGAACCCGGUGUGGUCGUCUGCUGCAAUAGCCCAUCCGUGACAAGAAUCGACAAGUUGUGCUUUCAGAGAUGCCAUUCUGCACACCACUGUUGUACUGCGCCGUUAUUUUUCUGUUUGUGGCCUGCCUGUUAGCCUGCACGAUUCUGCCUGUUAGCUAGCCAUUCACCAUCGACCUCUCAUCAACGAGCUGUUUUCGCCAACAGGACUGUCCCUGGCUGGGUGUGUUUUAUUUGUCACACCAUUCUUGGUAAACCCUAGACACUGUCUUGCAUGAAAAGGAAGCCAGACAAUUUUGAAAUACUGGAACUGGCGCGCUUGGCACUGACUAUCAUAACACGCUCAGAUGCUUAGGUCACUCAUUUUGCCCAUUCUAACGUUCAGUUGACCAGUAACUGAAUGCGUCGAUGCCUGUAUAUGCUAUAUUGCCUAUAUAUAGCAAGCCACGGCCACGUGACUCGUUGUCUGUAGGAGCUAACCAUUUUCGUGAGCGGUGUAGUGUACCUAAUAAACUGGCCGUAUGUCACUGUCUAAUCCUGUGUGGAUCUGUGUGUGCGUGCUCUUGGCCAUUGAGUCAAGUUGUGACUGUGUGAAUGAAUGAGUACAAAUGGGGGAGGGAAGGUUCACUUGUCGUUAACUCCUCCAAGAUGUUUGGAAAAGGUAAUCAUGUUGAUACCCUUAAGAACACGAAUAUGAGCUAGCCUAUAUGGUCUAUGGUGGGGAAAGGUAAAAGGGGUUUGGGGUAUAAUACAAUUAAGCAAACAAGAAUUAUGGUAUUGCAGCAUGGGGUUUGGAGAAAAUAAACUGGUACAGAUCAUUUUGAAACCAGAAUACCCCUGAUUCCCAAAUUGCAAUAGAGCUAAUACAGCGAAGCAUCAAAUGUAUCUCCAGUUGCACAAAUUCUGAAUUGCAUGCAUGACUGUGUUGUGCUUCUCUAAUGCAGACUCCUCUUAGAUGCAGAGACUCUACAUUCAAUAAACUGAGAGAAUGAAUUCUGCAAGAGCUGGGAAGAAAAUAGUGUAUUCUGUUCCUGGAAACUGGAUGAAUGACUGGUACCAAAAUUCUAAUUUGCUAAAUUACUUGUUUGGAAUUUUUAAACAUAGCCACGGUUAAAUUUGUCACAUACGUGUGUAAAACAUUUUCUGUGGUCAUUAAGGGGGAGAAGCCAUUUCAGAAUUCAGUUGUCCUGUGUUUUCUGUUAUUGUAUAGUGCAUUCAGAAAGUAUUCCUACCCCUUGACUUAUUCCGCAUUUUGUUGUUACAGCCUGAAUUCAAAAUUGAUUAAAUACAUUUCUUUCUCACCCAUCUACACACAAUACCCCAUAAUGACAAAAUGAAAACAUGUUUUUAGAAAUGUUUUCAAAUUGAUUGAAAAUGAAACGCAUAAAUGUCUAAUUUACAUAAUUAUUCACACCCCUGAAUCAAUACUUUGUAGAAGCACCUGUGCUUGAAAUUGACAGCUUGACUGAGGGAUAAAUAUACGUGUGAAGUACAGAGAUGAGGUAGUCACAAAAAAAAUCCUGUUAAACACUAUUGCACACAGUGUGUCCAUGAAACUGAAGCACAUUUUUACUCCCAAACUUAUUUUGGCUUGUCAUAACAACUUAUUGACUCAAGACAAUUCAGCUUUUCAUCAAAUGUGGGAAAAGUCAAGGGGUUGUGAACACUUUCUGAAGGCACUGUAUGUGGGAAUGUACACACCUUGGUGGCUAUUCCUUUUACUUUCUCAUUUGUUAUUUUCAAAACUGUUCAGCCCCAUGCAGAGUGAGAAUUACAAACGGAGGUCUUAACACUGAAACUUUGACGAGGUCGUUUGUCUUACAAAUCAGACAGCCGUAGUCAGCCACUAUAUUGGAGCAUACAUGUAUGCUUGAUCUGAUUUAUAGAGAAAGUCGAUGGGUAAAGUUGCCCCAUUAAUUGUCUUACAAUAUUACAAUUUAAAAUGCAACUAUGUCAAUUUGGCUUAUUACACUUCCCCCCUCUGUAACCCUAGAAACAACCAAUACAAGAAGCGUACUUCAAUUAUCUACUUCUAUCAAAGUCUUAAAUUGUACUUUAAUGACAUUGGAAUUAAUACAGGGGGUUAUAAAAUGUAAUAAAAAUGAACUCAAUUGAAA